AUGUAUUUGAUCAAAUAUGAUGCAUCAGAACUGAAAUCCUCCUCGUUAUACAGAGACACAGACUCCUCAAACCCACGAGACAACAGCUACACAGAGAGUUCUGGUGAAGAUGUCCGUCUGUCCUGUAAUAAUGCUCUUCCUGGCUGCACAUCAACUUUUUGGAACUAUGGCAGACCGUCAGGGUCAAUUGAACUGAUUGCUUUAGGAAUAAAGAAGACUGACACAGAGAGACACGAGAGACUGAGUCUGGGCUCUGACUGCUCUCUGAACAUCAAGAAAGUCACAAAAGAAGAUCGUGGACGUUACCUCUGCAGACAAUAUGUGAAUGAACAACAACAUGGAGCUGAUGCACAAGUUUAUCUGCAUGUUCUUCAUGUGUCUUCAUCACCCUCACAGUCUGAGAUCAGAUCAGGUCGCUCUCUGACUCUCUCCUGUCAGUUAUAUAAUGAUGAUCUAGUCUCUUGUGAUACUUCAGUCCGUUCUGAUGGUCUUGAUCUGAUCUGGGUGAAUCAGUCUGGUGUGAAUCUGCAGACAGACUCCAGAUUUCAGAUCUCAUUCUCCUCAGAACAGUGUCUCAUCUCUCUGAAUACAACACUCCUGAAUGAAGAUCACAACAGAGAGUGGAGAUGUCAGCUUAAACACAGAGAUCAACUGAAGACCUCAGCCACAUAUACUGUCAAGUAUCCAACUUCAGCUGAUUCAACACUGAUUCCAGUCAGCAGCUCAAACUCUGAGAAGAAAUCAAGUCAAACUACAGCAGCUUCUACAGAACAAGAGACACAGACUCCUCAAACCCCCGAGACAACAGCUACACAGAGCGGUAUUUCUAUAUGUCUUACUCAUCUCAGUGGUUUAAUGUGA